ACCCUAUCUGCUUCUUCCGCGAUUUUCAUUUUUUCUGCAGCUGGAACUUUUGCUGGUACUUGUCUAGUCGUCUUCUCCUCUCGUUCUGUAUCAACACAAACGACGGCGUUGAGAGCUCCUCUGGUCCGCAUAUACACUUGGGCAAAUGUCUUUGGUUUGUAGCUCUAGGCUAAUAAGUAGAGAUUAUGGGGUUUGCUUAAUUUCUCCAACCCCGUCGUCGUCCUCUUUCGCAACAUAUACGACGUUUUCGUUUUCAUUGAGGCAUCCUGUACUAUUUAAUAAGUUCCCACCAAUACCAUGUCGUCGACCACCCUUGUCUUCUUCCUCGCCGUCGAGGAGACGAACCCUAGUUUGUUCCAAGUCAUCUGAAGAAGAAGAAGAAGAGGUAUCCUCUGGUGGAACACAAGUGGACGAGUGGUUACAGAGACUGCCGGAUAAGAAAAAGCCCUUGUACUCUCAUAGCUUGCCUUGCGUGGAGGCAUGGUUGAGGAGCUUAGGGUUUCAUCAGAGCAAAGAGGAUAGAGCUGUUUGGUUUGUGGAGAAUCCUGAUUGGCAUGCCCAGCUCUCCCUUGAUGUCACGGACCUCUACAUUAGUUGAUUGUCAUAAAUGAUGGUCGGGAGGAACUCGGUGUUUGUGCCUGUAUUGAAUGACAAGUGUGAUGCCCGUCAUUAUUGAGGAAGAAAGUUGGGAUUUUGAUGGUUGCUUGAUUGCAAGAUUCACUUAAGCUUUUCAGUUGACUUUGUGAUAAGAAUAUGGUACUAGUAUUACUUAAGAAAUUAUACUCUGCUUGUCAUUCACUACGGGGAAAGAAGUUUGGGUUGCCAGUACUGCGAAAUGCUCCCAUGGUAACAUCCCUUACCCUUUAGUGCAAGGAGCAAGGUUUGAAGCUUGCUACCCUUUUCCUCUAUGUAUCCAAAAACAGAUGAAAGAGAAAGGGGUUUGUUUCGGUUUAUUGCUGCCGUUGAUGACUAGAUGUGUACUAAGGCUUUUGUUUCUCUGUAUUUCAGGUUGAGUUUUCAUAAGUGACCGAAUUUGUAUGCAAAUUGUUUUAACAGUUUUCAGAAGGCGUAACCCUGGUUUGAGUAUAAUUAACAUACUUUGGUCUAGAAAGGCUCAUCAUAUACAUUAAUAUGUGAAGAACUGGAAACUGAAGAAAGGCCUAAAGGUGUUCAUUCUCUUCAAAUAUAUUGGCUUAUUAAGUGUAGUCAACACAGGGCUGGUAUCCUUGAUGAAAACAAGAUAUCUAUUUUUGAAAGGAAGUUUGUAAAGUAAAAUAUUCCCAUUUCCAUGUGCAAGUGCAUUUGCUUGAGCUUAAAGCCUAUCAACAUUGCAUUUUUCAUCUGCAACUUUUAAGAAAUGUAACCAACUUGAUAGGUAGCUAUGUUAAUGUUCUGGUUUCUGUAAUCCCUCUUGAGACUCUAUAUAUUUGUUCUUGUUAUUUGACUGCAGUAAAGUAAAUUACGUUGGGCACAUUGAAUAUUGUAUUUUUUUGGUUAGGAAUUAAUAAGGAUUGGAUCCUUUAUAUUAGUUGUUUAAUCGGGUUCUAGUUGUAGAAUCGAGAAAUAUGUGAAUGUUCCCGUGUCCAAACUAGUCUUGUGGUGUUAGAUUUGGAAUCAGCCGAAUCAACAGCAGGCAAGACGAGAGCAAAUUAUAGCUGCAUUUGCAU